AUGCAGACGAUCAAGUGUGUCGUCGUCGGUGACGGUGCCGUCGGUAAGACGUGCCUCCUCAUCUCAUAUACAACCAACGCCUUCCCAGGAGAAUACAUCCCUACAGUAUUCGACAACUACUCGGCGAAUGUCAUGGUGGACGGCAAGCCCGUUUCUCUCGGACUCUGGGAUACCGCAGGUCAGGAAGACUACGACCGACUACGACCGCUCAGCUACCCUCAGACCGACGUUUUCCUCAUCUGCUUUUCGCUCGUCAGCCCGCCCUCGUUCGAGAACGUACGCACCAAGUGGUGGCCCGAGAUCUCGCAUCACGCACCCAACAUCCCCACCAUCCUCGUGGGCACCAAGCUCGAUCUGCGCGAGGACCCAGAGACCAUCGCCAAGCUGCGCGACAGACGCAUGCAACCCAUCACCUACGCGCAGGGCAAUCAGAUGGCGCGCGACAUUCAUGCGAACAAGUAUUUGGAAUGCUCGGCGCUCACGCAAAAGGGCUUGAAGGGCGUCUUUGACGAGGCGAUUCGCAGCGUGCUGGCUCCCGCACCGGUCAAGUCGAAGAAGAAGAACAACUGCGCCAUUCUUUGA